AUGACAGCAUUUCGGCGGCAAGUAGAUGAAUAUCAUCCAUUGAUACCAGGAUACACAGGAUACAUCCCUCUCAGAUUCUAUCGUGUUGGAACUAGCUUCGGAAAUGAUUCUGUGUGGUGUGUUAACACCUUUCGUGAUAUUACAGACAGAAAGAAUGACCAGGUAGCUGAACUGAGGCAUACAGCAGCCACCACGCCACAGCUACCACCUAUUUGCCCUAAUGAAGAAAUAUUAAAUGUACUUGAUGACUAUAAUUACAAACAUCAUCCCAAUGUGCUGGGUCCUGUGGACACCAAAAGAAGCUUACUGGAACCACCUAUACCAGGCUGGGGUGGCUUUGUGCCUAGAUCCAGGGUCACAGAAUUUGGUCAUGGAGUACGCUAUCAUGUGAUGGCAGAAAACUGCUACCGAGAUUUUAAAAACUCAUUGGAUAGAGGCAAAGAUCCUACUGGGAAAGAUCCCACAAAAAGAGUGCCUGUAACCAAAGAUUCACAACAACAGAGAUUCUAUAGGCCUGAAGGAAUGAUGCCCAAGUACACUGGCCAUAUUCCACGUAAGAGUUCAGAUUUUAUUCUUUAA